AUGUUUAAAUGCCUUGUAAGACUCCCCAAUUUUUUGGGUAAUGCCUUGUCGCCGUGCAAAAUAUACCCAAAUCAUCAGCACUUCAAAUAUUCAUUUAAAUACUCAUCGUCAGCCGCAACAGAGAGAAAACGAUUUUAUCAGGACGUCUCGAUAUCCCAAGGUGAAGGAGGUUUAUUUGAAAUAAACCUGGACCGAAGGAAGCUGAAAACUCCUGGAGGGAAACUGUUCACAGUGCCAAAUGAAGCCCUUGCCAUUGCCGUGGCAACUGAGUGGGAUGCUCAAAGGGAUACGCUCAAGUUUUACACGAUGCAUCUGACUACACUUUGCAACACAGCUCUUGACAAUCCUACACAGCGCAACAAGGACCAAAUGAUCAGUGCUGCUUUAAAGUUUCUGGAGACAGACACUGUUUGUUACAGAGUGGAUGAGCCUUAUGGUUUGGUUGAUCUUCAGAAGAAUGAGUGGGACCCUGUACUGCAAUGGAUUGAGAACAGAUAUAACGUCACUAUCGGCUCUUCGUCCAGUAUUAUGGGCCCGGACAUCCCACAGGCAACUAUAGACACAUUCUGCCAACAUCUCAAAUCGUACAAUUUCUGGUCUUUGACAGGACUUGAGUAUGUAAUUACCCAGCUGAAAUCUGUGGUGUUAUCAUUGGGGAUGAUUGACAGAUAUCUAAGUGUAGAGAAGGCUGUGUUACUCUCCAGGCUGGAGGAAGAAUACCAGAUUCAGUGCUGGGGGAACGUGGAGUGGGCCCACGACUAUGACAUGUAUGAACUGAGGGCUCGCACUGCCGCCGGUGCUCUGUUUGUACACCUUUCGUCUGAGAGUUCCACUGUCAAACGCAAACUUUUGCAGGAUUGA